UCUAGGUCUGUAUUAUGAUCUCAAUAGUUUAAAUACUAAAAUUCUGGGUUUGAAUCUCUUCUUUCAAACUACUUAGUGGCCCUUUAAAAGUCAAAACAUACAGCCUGUGCAGAAAAACCUCACAUAAUUUGGUCUGCGCGCCCUUUUUUUCCCUUCGCCUGUCGUAUCAACUUGCGGAAUCAGACUUUGACGAGACUCUUAUGCUGUUUGCACAAAAAGCGGAUUGUAUUCCUGCAAACUUUUUCAUUGUCUUAAGAUGUGUAGAGGUUUUUUGGGGGGGUUGGCUGGGGGGUGAGGCUGGCUGGAGGAAGUCUCCGUCUGCGUGUGAGGCGUGCGGGUGAGAACAAACGGAGCGAGGAGCGGAGGGAGGGAGGGAGGGAGGAAGCCGCGGAGAAGGGGGAGGGAACAAGGGGAGACAGGCAGCCCUAGCGGCGCAGUGGGAGGACUAUCCCAUGCCAGGACUUGUGGCGGCUGCAGCGGCAGGCUGGACGGGAGGAAGUGCGCUGUGGAGCGGCAGCAGCAGCAGCAGCAGCAGCAGCAGCAGGUCUGGAUCCGAGCGCAGGCUUCUUCCGAUUUUAUAUCACCGACAGACAUCCACAGAUAAGGGAGCCGAGGACAGACGGCACCGGGUCCAAGCUGGGACAUUUAAAAACAACAACAAAAAAAAAGAAAGAAAAACAGCUCUGACUGACAAAGAGAGACAGAAGGGGAGCAGACAGACCCACAGAGACAGAGAGAGGAAGCAGAGCUCUCAGUUUUGAAAAAGGAAGCCACGAGAUUCAAGAUGGAGGAGGGUUACGAGCUCGACCUGACGUACAUCACAGAGCGUAUCAUCGCUGUGUCCUUCCCCCGGGGCUGCUCGGAGGAGAUCUACUCUCACAACCUGAAGGACGUCACGCGAAUGCUCAAGUCCAAGCAUGCGGAUAAUUACCUGAUCAUCAACCUGUCAGAAAGAAGACACGAUCUCUCUAAAAUGAACCCCAAGACCCUGGAUACAGGCUGGCCGGACAUGCACGCUCCGCCUUUGGAUAAGAUCUGCACCAUCUGUAAGGCCAUGGAGAGCUGGCUCAAUGCAGACCCUCUUCAUGUGGCUGUUAUACACUGCAGGGGUGGAAAGGGUCGCAUCGGAGUCGUCAUUUCAUCCUUUGUGCAUUUCACCGACGUGUCAGCCAGUGCUGAUCAGGCGUUGGACCGCUUCGCCAUGAGGAAAUACUAUGAUGAUAAGGUCUCAGCUCUGAUGACACCUUCGCAGAAGCGGUACGUUUGGAUCCUCAACAGUCUCCUUAGUGGAUCCAUGAAGAUCAACGCCUCACCACUGUUCCUACACUGCAUCAUCCUCCACGGGAUACCAAACUUCGACGCCACCGGAGUGUGUCGCCCGUACAUCAAAGUUUACCAGGGAAUGCAAGCGGUGUAUUCGUCGGGAAUCUAUCACAUCGGUCCAGGCCACAGAGAUCGUGUAUGUAUCACCCUGGAGCCUGCCCAGCUCCUGAAAGGAGACAUCAUGAUUAAGUGCUAUCACAAGAGCGACAUAACUGCAGAGCGUGAGGUUAUAUUCCGGCUGCAGUUCCACACGGGAGCAGUGCAGGGCUACAACCUGAUGUUUGAGAAAGAGGACAUGGAGACUGCCAACAAAGAUCCCAGAUUUGCAGAUUACGGUAAAGUGGAGUUGGUGUUCUCCGAGGGGCCAGAGAGGAUCCCAGGUGCAGACAGGUGGCAAAACGGGGCGGAUGUUAUUGUUGACUACAACACGGCAGAUCCUCUAAUCCGCUGGGACUCCUACCAGAACAUCUGCGAUGGUGAAGCGCCACGCUCUCAAGGCCUAACCCAGGACAAAGCGGCUACCAAGAGGAGCCCCAACGGAGGAGAGGCCACGCUGGGCCGAGGGGCCCGCACGACCUCUGCCACCUCCAGCCCGGACCACAGCGACCACGCCCUCUCCGUCAGCAGUGACUCGGGCCUGUCCAGCACCUCUCUGUGGGCAGACAGACCCACACCUGUUGUCACCACCGUCAAACCUAACCAGGGCCCCAGCCCGCAGGAAAAGGUACAGCUGAAGCGUCUUUUGAGCGGCUUUGGACUUGAGGAUCCUGCAGUGGAGGAGAUGGAUGAUCAAAGCCCCAGAGUGGGCAUCCAGCAGAUAGUCCCUGUGCAAGUGCACAUCAACGGGGACUCCAGACCUGGAGAGAGGGAGACGGACAUCCUGGAUGAUGAGGUCAACACAGGUCAUGAUCUGCACAGUGUGGACAGUUUAGGGACCUUAUCUUCCUCCUGCCACAAGAGCAGCCAGAACUCCCUGCUCUCGGAUGGUUUUGGGAGUCCCGGCGGAGAGGAGCAGCAAGGCCAAAACCAGCACCACCUCCACCACCCUGCACCUCCUCCCAUGGAAGAGUAUGAGAGAGCCUAUCCUGAGGCAAGAAGGGGCUGUCUGAGCUCCAGGAGCAACUCUGUGGCCUCGUCUAAUCCCAGCAAUGCAUCCAUGCCCAAGCAGCAUGUCUACAGACAAGGAAGCUAUUCAACACAGUCCUGGGUUCGCCAGCAGCAGAUGGUUGCUGCACAACAGUUUAUUUACAUGCCUGAGGAUGGGAACGAUACAGAAAGAUACACAGGGAACAAGCAAGCGAGCAGUCCACCCAAAGCAGGCCUGCCCGCUGAACCACAGGGCCCCACCAGGGACAUGACGACAGACGCUCUGAGAAACACGGCGCCACUCAAGGAGCAGGCGACGCUGAACAACAACAACAACAACAAACGUGACGAGGAGUUCAAAUCCCUGACGAUGGACAUCGACAACUCCAUCGACCAGCUCAACCAGCUGAUCAUGGACCUGGAUCCCACGUUUGUGCCUGUGUCGAGCCACAGCGGCUCCAUCAAGAGGAACGGCGGGGCGCACGUGAACGGCUCGGCCCCCAAAUGUUCAAACGGCAUCAAUCACAGACUCAACGAUAAUAACGCAGCGACCCUGACAAACACACAGCAGACAGCGGUCCAGUCCAGUGAGGGACGUUUGGGUGUCACGCGCAGUCUGAGUCGCCAAGAAAGUGAUGUCACAGAUCACCCAGGCUUCUGUAACUCAGGGUGGGGUGGGACGGAGGACUACAGGGGCCAGCGGACGUACUCCCCCUGUGUGUCGCAGUCACAGCACCACAUGUUGUUCAGGAGCGACAGUGCUGACUACAGGUCUCAGGGCCCGGACGUGGACAGCGGAGUCGAGGCUUGUAGUGACAUGACUCCGCCCACUCCCGCCUUCCCCAUCUCUCCGCCGACACCUUAUGUGAAAAAUAUGUCGGAAUUGACCCACCUCAGGCAAACACCAUCUUCUACCAUGCAGUCUUAUGGAGGCUACAGAACAGACCACGAACCCCGGGGAUAUUCAGAGAUGAUCGGUCAUGGUGGAGUUGAUGUUUUACCAGACUCCUCCAUCAACUGCCACAGGAUGUUAAGUUCCACACACUCGGCUUCUAUUGUUGGGACCCUUCAGCAGACAGACAGUUUAUCGAUGAACCAGUCCUGGCCAGAGCAUCCUGCCCUGAGCCGCCACUCCUCUCUGAGCAGCUACGCCUCUGCCAGACAAACACCUCACUCCAUGUCAUUGGACUAUGGCCACCACCCCCACAUCCACCCUGCCCCCAACGCCCACAGCUCCCCUCGGAGCAGCCAGCGAAGCCGCAUGGCUAGAUACGUGGUCAACCGCAGUCCUGCUCAGAGCUUUGAUGAGCAGGACGACUCAGGUCUCUGCUAUGGCACAGACUGUUCAAACUCCACCUCUACUCUGCUGGGAAAUGGGGGCAUGGACAGGGAACUUUUGACCGCCAUAGAUGGGCAGAAUCAGUUACAACUGCCUCAGAUACAGCCCCCUCUUCUGCCUGAGAAGAAGAGGGCAUCAGAGGGGGAGCAUUCGCUGGGAACAGCAUCUCCAGCCCUCAGUGGGUUCUCGAGUCCCCACAGUGGAAGCUCUCUGAGUAUUCCCUUCCCCAAUGUUUUGCCUGACCUCUCAGCUCAGAUGCCAGGCACAGCCUCACCUCUGCCAGAUGUAUUGGCCAGCAAACAGGUUACUGUAAAAUUUGUGCAGGACACAUCCAAAUUCUGGUACAAGCCAGAUAUCUCAAGGGAUCAAGCUAUAUCAGUCUUGAAGGACAAGGAGCCUGGCUGCUUUAUCGUGCGGGCCAGCCAUUCCUUCAGAGGGGCCUACGGACUGGCAAUGAAGGUGGCGACUCCACCACCGUCAGUUCUCCAACAGACUAAGAAAGGGGGUGAUCUAUCCAAUGAAUUAGUCCGCCACUUCCUGAUUGAGUGCACACAGAAAGGAGUGCGAUUGAAGGGAUGCCCUAAUGAGCCUUAUUUUGGAAGCUUAACCGCGCUGGUCUGCCAACAUUCAAUCACCCCCUUGGCCCUGCCAUGCAAACUCAUCAUACCUGACAGAGAUCCUCUCGAAGAUGUUGUGGAGUCUACCUCACAAUCAGUCACCAACUCUGCUGCUGAGCUGCUGAAACAGGGCGCAGCCUGCAAUGUAUGGUACCUCUGCUCCGUGGAGAUGGAGUCACUAACGGGCGUCCAGGCGGUGCAGAAAGCCACCAGUAUGACACUGAGCUCCAACCCUCCGCCAGCCUCCACUGUAGUCCACUUCAAGGUGUCCUCGCAGGGAAUCACCCUCACGGACAACCAGAGGAAGCUCUUCUUCAGGAGGCACUACAACGUCAACACGGUCAUAUUUUGUGCAUUGGACCCCCAAGAUAGAAAGUGGAAGAAAGACGGCUGCCCUUCAGCAAAGAUCUUCGGCUUUGUGGCGAGGAAAACUGGCACGUCCACGGACAAUGUAUGUCACCUGUUUGCGGAGCACGACCCUGAGCAGCCGGCGAGCGCCAUCGUCAACUUCGUUUCCAAGGUGAUGAUCGGCUCGCAGAAGAGUAAGUAGGCCCGCGGACUGAGCUGAUCGCAUGGAAAAAAGACUGACUGAGUGUAGAAACAAAGACUUAAAGGGCUGAAUAAAGAACUGUAUGGACUAAAGAUGAUGAUGAUGAUGACCUGGACUUUAACCCUGGAUACUAACUGGAUGUUACAUACAUGAUGACCACUCACCAGCACCAGGACAUUUAACGACAUCUCUUUAAUAUAAUAAAUAUAAAGACCUUUUAUUCUGUUGUUUUUCUUUCUUGUAAAAUAAACUGUAAAGUAGCCAAAUAAGAGAAAACAACUAAAUCAUAAGAAAUGUGUAAACCUUUUUUUUUUAAUUUUUUUUUUAUUGAUGUUCAACUGUAAUGUCUCAUACAGUUAGAUUAUAUUCUCAACAUUUUUUAAGUACGUUACUAAAAAGGCUGCUUGUCUUAUUCCUGCGUAGCAGUUUUAUGAACAAACCAAGAAAACCUGUACCUUGUUGCAUGCAUUCGUUUCUCUAAUAUUUAACCAAAACAAACUUCAUUCAAGCUGCAGUGGUGCAGUCAACCAGUAGUAAAAAAAAAAAAAAAAAAUGCAGAGAAACAUUGCUGAAAAUAUGUAUGAUUUGGACUUUGUGAUGGGCAAUGUGGCUAACAGGCCUGUCUUAUUUUAUCUAUGCAAUGUAAAAUGUUUAUUUUUUUAAACCCACAGCCUUCUGUACAUGUGCGGCAUGUAUCUGGCUCCUCUGAUCCUGUUUAAUAACCUUCUUCUUAAGGUGUUUGUGAAUAUGACCACUUUUAACGCUGUCUGCAACAUUUUAGUGAAAGUGUGCAGGUUUUUGAUGAAAUGAGAGAAACCUUAGAAAAUAUUUUAAUUAAACCCUAUUUGAGAUCUAUAUGUAUGUAUAUAUAUAUAUAUAUAUAUAUACACACACACACACACACACACACACACAUAUAUCAAAAAUGUAUCAAUGCCCUUAUUUUUUAAGUUUGAUUUGAUAAAUAAAAAAAAGACAUAAGCUGCUAUAUGGAGUAUAAAUGCUGUCAUUUCGAUGGGUCUUUUAAAAGUUCUCAUCAGAAAGAAAAAUGCACAGUGAUAGAAUUAAAUAAAUACAUAAGUCAUCUCUCUGUUGCAUUAACAAUGGUACAUUGUAUCUGUAACUCUGGGACACAGAUAAAGCUGCUUAUUACCCCCCAGUCGAGUGCUUUCUAACAUUCCUUUAGACUUUUUGUGUUGGGCAGCCAUUUUUAUCCAGAGAGGGACCACACAGCCCUGUUGAUAUUCUGACAUUGGUGAUGUACACGUGUUAUCUUGUUACCGUGACCUAUUAUCUGUACCUCAUACUCAUCUCAUACUGUGCCUCUGUGUGUAUAACAUGCUACAUGUGAACAGUUUUAUUUGUAUAUUGAUAUUGCAUUGUUUGAUGUGUUCUGUAAAUAAACGAAACAAAACAUCUAUUUGA